GUCCCGUGGGCCCCCGCGCCAAGAUGGCGGGCGGGCGGUGUGGGCGGCGCGGGUGCGAGGCGUAGCGGAGCGGCGGUCCCGCGGAGCUGCGCGCCGCCGUGGAUGAGAGUGCCACCCCGGGAGGUCGCCGCGGGGGAGCCAUGGCCGGCGUGGUGGCCAAGCGCGAGGGGCCGCAGUUCAUCAGCGAGGCGGCCGUGCGGGGCAACGCGGCCAUCCUGGACUAUUGCCGCACCUCCGUGUCCGCCCUGUCGGGCGCCACCGCCGGCAUCCUGGGCCUCACCGGCCUGCACGGCUUCAUCUUCUACUUCCUGGCCUCCGUCCUGCUCUCCGUGCUGCUGGUGCUGAAGGCCGGGCGCCGGUGGAACAAGUACUUCAAGUCGCGGCGGCCGCUCUUCACGGGGGGGCUCGUGGGGGGGCUCUUCACCUACGUCCUGUUCUGGACUUUCCUCUACGGGAUGGUCCACGUGUACUGAGCGGGGCACGGGGACUGUUGCCAAAAGUCACUACACGAUAGGCCGGCUCACCUUCCAGGCUCUUUUCCGUGGCUCGUGUCGUUAAUGCUGUCGGUAAAUUAUGUCCAAAUUAAUCAGUAGCACUGUUCUAAUUAAAACUGAAUGUGAAGCACCA